AUGGAAACGGAUUUGGAGCAUCUGGUCAAGGAUACGGCGAUAAUUUUGAUGCCCGAACAUAUCAAAAAUAUGGUACUUCAGAUGCUCCUAGGCCUGGAAUAUCUUCAUUUACAUUGGGUGUUGCAUCGUGUAAGUCCUUAA